AAAAUAUUUUUUAAAAUAUACUAUCUUAAAAGGAAUAUCCCUAAAAGAUAGAUGUCACUUUUGAGGGUAGCAGUACUAUGAUUUUUUUCACAAAAUCUCCAGCACAAGACACAAGACAGAAGAAGAAGAAGAAGUACUAGAAGUACUCAAAAGAUAUGCAAAAAAGGGUUUCUGUCUCAUAACAGAUUCUUGCUUCUUGUUGCUGACUGUCCAUGAAAUGAUAAUGGAGAAUGCAUUAGCAGGUAAGUUUCUUAAGCCAUGCUUCCAUUUGAAUUCAAGAAAAGCAACAUUGGUACUGCAGAAAAGGAAGGGAAUUGGCACCUCCCACAAGUUCUGCUAUCCUUCCAAAUUCAAGAUUCAUCCCCUUGUUUCUCAUCCCCUUCAUCUCCCCAAUUUAGAGGCGGGUGGUGUUGAAAUACAAGAAAGUAGUUAUGAAGGUUUAGUUCCUGAUCAAGAAAUUGUCUGGCCUUCUCCCGAUGAUGAAAUCCCAUUUUGGAAGAGGGAUUUCCCUUCAUGGAAUGCGAGUCCAGAAGUGCCAAAUGAAAGUUCUGUGAAGGAUUCUGAUCUUAUGCACAUAAUUCAUGUCACAGCAGAGAUGGCACCAAUAGCUAAAGUUGGUGGACUUGGUGAUGUUGUUACUGGACUUGCUCGAGCAAGUCUUUCUCGUGGCCAUACAGUGGAUAUAGUGCUCCCCUUCUAUGAGUGCAUUCAGAAGCAGCAAAUCAAUGACUUGGCAUUGAUCAGUACUUAUGAUUCUUAUCAUGAUGGGAAUUGGAUUCCUACUAAUGCCUAUCGUGGAGUUGUUUCGGGCAUUCCAGUGAUAUUUAUUGAGCCAUCAAAUGAAUUCUUCAAGGGGCAACAAGUAUACGGAGGUUCAUAUAAUGAGCUAGAGGCUUAUUUGUUUUUUAGCCGUGCUUGCCUUGAAUGGAUGCAGGUAACAGGUGCUCAGCCUGACAUUAUCCAUGUCCAUGAAUGGCAAAUAGGCGCCUUGCCCCUGCUUUACUGGGAUAUGUAUCAAUAUCUUUCACUGAAGAAACCACGGAUUGUAUUAACUAUACAUAACAUGGAGCAUUAUGGAGAGUGCCGCCAAGAGCAACUCAGCAAGUGUGGUCUUGAUGGUUCUAUGUAUGCAACAGCGGAGAAGGCAGUUGAUGAUCGGACUAUUGGCCAUAAUCCUGAGAGACUAAGCUUAUUGAAAGGUGGAAUUGUAUACAGCAACGCAGUGGUUACAGUCUCGCCAACAUACCUUAAGGAAACUCUCUGCUCUGGUUGGUUGGCCAGCACUCUAAUGAUGCAUUGUGAUAAGUACUUUGGUGUUUUGAAUGGGAUUGACACUGCAAUGUGGAACCCUGCUACCGAUGUUUUCUUGCCUGCUAAGUUCCAUGCUCAAAAAAUUGAGGGCAAGAAGUUAUGUAAAUACUACGUACAAAGGGGGCUUGGUUUGGCUGCUAGAAGCAUCACCAGCAGUAAUCAUGUGCCAGAUGCAACAGUUAAGAUCCCAUUGGUAGUCUGUAUUACUAGACUAGUUCCUCAAAAGGGUCUGCAUUUGAUUACUCAUGCACUUAAGCAUAUUGAAGAACUGGGGGGGCAGAUGAUUGUCCUUGGAAAAGCUCCAGAUGGUCGAGUUGAAGGGGAAUUCAAACAUCUUGCAGAUAUGCAUAACCAAGGUCCUAGCAUCCGUAUCCUUUUGAUGUAUAGUGAGGAGCUGUCCCACAUGCUUUAUGCUGCAGCAGACAUGGUGUUAGUUCCUUCCAUGUAUGAGCCAUGUGGACUUUCCCAAAUCAUCGGAAUGCGUUAUGGAUCGGUUCCAGUUGUUAGAAAGACUGGUGGCCUCGCAGACACAGUCUUUGACAUGGAUGACCAGUCGAACCCCGAGAUUGCUAAUGGGUUUGUUUUUGAAGGAAUUGAUGAAGGAUCCUUAAACUGGGCUCUAGACCGCGCAUUUGCUUACUACAGAGAUAAACCAGAUGAGUGGAAUGGCAUUGUGAAGAAGGUAAUCGAAAUUGACAAUAGCUGGAACAACACGGCUGGGAAAUACAUUGAAGUUUACAAUUCAGUUAGAGGGAGAUCUUGAAGGCACACAGGUCAGUGAUGGAAUUCGUUCCAAGUUGUAAAUUGCAAGAUUCCCCUGAUACAAAUACAAGAGCCGGGUCUAGGCCAGUAACACGCUUUCACUUUUGUUGGGGAGCCUUCAAUUCUUCUCUAAAGUUUUAGCACUGAAGAGUUUUUGUUUACAUGAAGAUGACAUACAGCGAGUAGGAUCUUGAAGGCACCCAGGUCAGUGAUGGCAUUCGUUCCAAGUUGUAAAUUGCUAGAUUCCCCUGAUACAAAUGCAAGAGCCGGAUCUAGGCCAGUAACACGCUUUCACUUUUGUUGUGGAACCUUCAAUUCUGCUCUAAAGUUUUAGCAAUGGAGAGUUUUUGUUUGCAUGAAGCUGAUGUACAGCGAGUAGGAAGAACAGCCUGAACAAUAGACAAUAAGGCAAAGAAUCCACAAUACUAGCUGCUUGUACUGUUCCAGAAGGAUUUUUGUAAGAUUAUUGAGCAUACUUGCUAGUUUCAUGUGUAUUGACUUAACAAUUUCAAUUUCAACAAAAUUUGGAAUGGGAAAAGAUGCUGGUGCUGCUGCACCCUAUAAGUUAA